CUACCUUGUUCAGUCUAGCCCCCAAAACAAUUUGGAAACAUGAAGUGGGUAAUAUUUGUUUCUUUGCUUUGCUUUCUAAGCUUGGCUGAACUGAAAAACCUACCUAGACGAUAUCGGAAUACAGAUGAUCAUCAUUGGACCAUCAGACUAGCCUCUCAAAUAUCAGCUAAUGAUUUUGGUGCCAUUGUUUUAGUCUUAUUUGCUCAAGCUUUACCAAAUACCACACUUGAGGAGCUGAAAACAUUGUCAGCAAAUGUUAAAGCUAUUCACCAGAAAUGUGUUGAUAAUCAAUAUUCAAGCCCAGAAUGUACAAAGCCUUUGGGUAUAGUUUUCCUGGACCUGCUUUGCCAUGAUGAAGAGUUUUCCAAGAAAUAUGGAAUUAAUGACUGUUGUGCUAAGUCUGAUCCAGAAAGGCAUGCAUGUGUUUUGUCCCAUAAAAUUUCAGCAAUCGGAAGUGUUUCUCCCUUUGUUCGUCCUACUGCAGAAGAAGCUUGCCAAGCAUAUCACAAUGACAGAAAUGAUGUUCUAGCCCACCAUCUUUAUGAGAUCUCCAGAAGAAAUGCAAGAGCACCAGUUACUGUACUCUCUGCAGCAACUAAAAGCUUUGAUAAAAUAUUGGAAACUUGCUGUAAAGAAGUUGAAAAAGAUACCUGCAUCGAAGGAAAGGCAACAGUGGUCAGAAACAAAGCCAGGGAAAUUAUUGAUGAACAGGAGAACACUUGUUUCAAUCUGGAAAAUUAUGGAAAGGAAACUUUAUAUGAAUUAAAAUUUAUUCAGAUAGCAGAAAAGUUCAUAAAUGCUAAUCUAGAAAUUUUAACCCAUAUUGCUAAAGAAGUUGUACACAUCCAUGAAGCAACUUGUAAGGGAGAUUCAUUGGGGACUUUACUUGACAGAGCAGACCUGUCAGAAUAUGUCUGUAAGCACAAAAAUGAUAUAUCUCAUAACCUUGAUCAUUGCUGUGAAAAGGGCCUGGUGGAAAGAUCACAAUGCAUUGUUACUAAGGAAAAUGACCCACUAUCUCCUGAUCUGCCCACACCAUCUGGAGAAACUUUUAAGGAGACAGCAUGUCAAUAUUAUGUUGAACAUGGAAGUAUAAACAAGGAAAGCUUCCUCUUAGCAUUAAUAAGAACCCACCCUGAACUUUCUCAGCUGUUUGAUCUGGAAAUUUUGCAUAGAUAUGGAGACACGUUGGAAAAAUGCUGCAAACGAGAAGACAAAGUACAGUGUUUGAAUGAUGGGGAAGAACAAAACAGAUUAUACGUUAAGAAGAUUAGUGAUAUUGUGAAGAAUAAUUGUAACAAUUAUAAAGAAAUAGGAGAAUACUUCUUCCAAAAUGAGUAA